UCAAUCUGAAAUAGCUCUUCAAUAAUUUAAAUUUCAGGGAGUAUUGUAGUAAACAAUGGCAUUUAAUCUGAUAUGGAAAACUGAUCUAGUUAAACCAAGCACAACUAUCAAGUUGCUAAGCAUCACAUCCCAAUGCAAACUUAGACUGUAGCUUGCAAACUGUGUACAGUAUUUCCUUUCAACCAGUCCAUGAAAGAAAGAAAGUUUGCACUUCCUAUAUUUUAAGCUUGAGAGAUGCAUUGAAGUGGUACAGGGUAUCCCCGAUUUUAUCUUCUUAGAUACUUCUUUAUUGAACUUGUGGACAUCUGUUUAUUUUUGGCUUUAGUCACUCCAUGGACACCUUCAAGCAAGGCAACCUGGAAGACCAGUCAGUCGUCAGCAGGAUGCAGAAAAAAUACUGGAAAACAAAACAAGUUUUAAUAAAGGUUACAGGAAAGAAAGAAGAUGAGCAUGUGGUAGCAUCUGACGCAGAAUUAGAUGCAAAAAUAGAGGUUUUUCACAACAUUCAAGUGACCUGUACAGAUCUUCUGAAGACAAUUGAAAAAUACCAGCAGAGACUUAAUGAUCUAUCUGAGCAGGAAAACGAACUAGGGCUUUUUUUAAAGUUGCAAGCAGAUCAGGGUGAAGCUCAAAUUGACAAGAUGACUGAUGCCACUGGCCAGGCCCUCUGUUGUUCUUCCCAUCAAAGGCUAGCUCUUUGCACGGCUUUGUCUCGCCUCGGACAAGAACUUGCAACCUUUAGUCGGAGGGCUGUGUCAGAUACUUUGCUUACAAUCAAUCGAAUGGAGCAGGCACGCACAGAGUAUAGAGGGGCUUUGCUGUGGAUGAAGGAUGCUUCGCAAGAACUGGACCCAGACACUUGCAAACAAAUGGAAACAUUCAGAAAAGUGCAGAUGCAGGUAAGAAAUACCAAAGCACAGUUUGAUAAGCUGAAGAUGGAUGUUUGUCAGAAGGUGGAUCUUCUUGGAGCCAGCCGCUGUAAUAUGCUGUCACAUGGUCUUGCUGUCUACCAGAUGACCUUUUUGCAUUUCUGUGAAAAGACUGUUCAAAAGAUGAAUGAAAUUAAUGAAGGCUUUGUACAUCUCCACUCGUAUCAUCAGAAUGCAUGUGAGCAAUUGCAGAAGCUUAUUAACCAAUCUACUGAGGAAGAGAAGGAGAAUGCUGAAGGAGAGACUACCUCUGAAAUGCUUGAUAAGCUGAUUGUACUGGAUGAAGAUGCCUCUGAAAUUCUGUCAGACUCAGGGUCAGAUGAAACAAAAGAGAACCUGUGUCAGAUGAGCAAAUCUGGUGAUCCAUGCAUCCCUGAAAAAGAAUUUUCAAUAGAUUCUUUGGAAGAAGAUUUUGAGAGAGAUUUUUCUUUCCUGGAGAAUUUAUCAAGCCCCAGUUCUUCAAGCAGAGGAAAUAUUAUACAGGAAUGCCAAACUGCAGCUGAUAGUCGCUUUAUGGACCUCCCUGUUGAGGAACCUGCAACAGAGGCAAAAUCCCUAGUUCACUCAUCUGGAUUUCUGCCUUCACAACUCCUUGAUUUUGGCCUUCAUACUGCUGGGGGAUUCAAUAGUUGGAUCGCACAGUCAGAAUUUCUAGAUCCUUUUUCCAAACCAGAGCCUGAGAAGCAGCAAGGACCUUCCCCUACCUCACCAAAGAUGCCACAAAAGUCCGUGGAGAAGACUAGUAGCCAAGACAUGUCAGCCUGGUUUAGAGCCUUUGCAGACCUGGAUCCUCUUUCAAAUCCAGAUGCUGUUGGACGCUCAGAUGACGAUCUCCUUACUGCAUGAUUAAGUGUAACCCAGAACAUAAAACUACUUUAGUAUGAAACUACCGUGUCCUUCCAAGAGAGACCUUCAGACACUGUCACAGACAUAAUUGCAGAUAAAGAACAUCUAUGUUGUCACAUAAAUAUAAGGAGUGUAAAGACCACAUGUUUCUUGAUUUCAUGAUUAUUUCCAAUGCUAUAAAACUUUAUUAAUUACUACUGCAGAAAUGUCUUACAACACAAUUAAUUAGGAUUUCACCCAUAAAUUCAAUAAAUUAUAGUUAUAGGAAGCUGGGCAAACUAUUAUCUUUACCAUUUCAGUUAGAUAACUAGUGUUCCUUAUGUUAAGUCCUUUACGCAUAUUUUUGCUUAAUCACUUCUUGGACU